AUGACUUCAUAUAGCUGCUGCUUGAUUCUUUUGCUGUUUACCUGGAGCACUGCUGCCUAUGGGCCAAACCAACGGGCACAGAAGAAGGGAGACAUUAUUCUUGGAGGAUUGUUCCCCAUUCAUUUUGGAGUGGCUGCUAAAGACCAGGAUCUAAAAUCAAGGCCAGAAUCAGUGGAGUGUAUAAGGUAUAAUUUCCGAGGCUUCCGCUGGCUCCAGGCUAUGAUCUUUGCCAUAGAAGAAAUAAACAGUAGCCCAACUCUCCUGCCCAACAUGACCCUGGGAUAUAGGAUAUUUGACACUUGCAACACAGUCUCGAAAGCCCUGGAAGCCACACUGAGUUUUGUGGCCCAAAACAAGAUAGACUCCUUGAACCUGGACGAAUUCUGUAACUGCUCAGAACAUAUCCCUUCCACCAUUGCAGUCGUGGGAGCAACUGGCUCUGGCAUCUCCACUGCUGUGGCCAAUCUGCUGGGACUCUUUUACAUACCUCAGGUCAGCUAUGCCUCAUCCAGUCGUCUCCUGAGCAAUAAGAACCAGUUCAAGUCCUUCCUGCGCACAAUCCCCAACGAUGAGCAUCAGGCCACAGCCAUGGCAGACAUCAUCGAGUACUUCCGCUGGAACUGGGUGGGAACAAUCGCAGCUGACGAUGACUAUGGCCGGCCAGGGAUUGAAAAAUUUCGGGAAGAGGCGGAGGAGAGAGAUAUCUGCAUUGAUUUUAGCGAGCUCAUCUCCCAGUACUCAGAUGAAGAGGAGAUCCAGCAGGUGGUAGAGGUCAUCCAGAACUCCACAGCAAGAGUGAUUGUUGUUUUUUCCAGUGGCCCGGAUCUGGAGCCUCUCAUCAAAGAGAUUGUCAGGAGAAACAUCACUGGCAAGAUCUGGCUGGCAAGCGAGGCCUGGGCCAGCUCUUCCCUCAUAGCCAUGCCGGAGUUCUUCCGUGUCAUCGGCAGCACCAUCGGGUUUGCACUGAAGGCAGGACAGAUCCCAGGCUUUCGUGAGUUCCUGCAGAAGGUGCAUCCCAAGAAGUCCACCAACAACGGCUUUGCCAAGGAGUUUUGGGAGGAGACAUUUAACUGCUAUCUCCCUGAUGGAUCCAAAAAUUCUCCUGCUUCAACUUCCUUCCACAAAGGCCAUGAAGAGGGGCUGGGAGCUGGAAAUGGAACGUCUGCCUUCCGACCUCCGUGCACAGGGGAUGAGAACAUCACCAGCGUGGAGACACCGUACAUGGACUACACGCACUUGCGGAUAUCCUAUAACGUGUACUUGGCAGUGUAUUCCAUCGCCCAUGCCUUGCAGGAUAUUUAUACCUGUACCCCUGGGAAGGGACUCUUCACCAACGGGUCCUGUGCAGACAUAAAGAAGGUGGAGGCAUGGCAGGUUCUCAAGCAUCUGCGACACUUAAAUUUCACCAAUAACAUGGGGGAGCAAGUGGAUUUUGAUGAGUUUGGGGACCUGGUAGGAAAUUACUCAAUAAUCAAUUGGCAUCUGUCUCCAGAGGAUGGCUCAGUCAUCUUUGAAGAGGUUGGGCACUACAACGUUUAUGCCAAGAAAGGGGAGAGGCUUUUUAUCAAUGAAAACAAGAUCCUGUGGGGUGGAUUCUCUAAGGAGGUGCCUUUCUCCAACUGCAGCAGGGACUGCCUGCCGGGCACGAGGAAGGGCAUCAUUGAGGGGGAGCCCACCUGCUGCUUCGAGUGCGUGGACUGCCCCGAUGGGGAGUACAGUGACGAGACAGAUGCAAGUGCCUGUGACAAGUGCCCUGAGGAUUACUGGUCCAACGAGAACCAUACGUCCUGCAUCCCCAAGCAGAUAGAGUUUCUCGCCUGGACUGAGCCCUUUGGGAUUGCUCUGACUCUCUUUGCUGUGCUUGGAAUUUUCCUGACUUCUUUUGUUCUGGGAGUCUUCACCAAAUUUCGCAACACACCCAUUGUCAAGGCCACAAACCGGGAACUAUCCUACCUCCUCCUCUUUUCCUUGCUAUGCUGCUUUUCCAGCUCAUUGUUCUUCAUUGGUGAGCCCCAGAAUUGGACUUGUCGUCUGCGGCAGCCAGCUUUUGGCAUCAGCUUUGUCCUCUGCAUCUCCUGCAUCCUGGUGAAAACCAACCGUGUCCUUCUUGUCUUCGAGGCAAAGAUCCCCACGAGUCUCCAUCGAAAGUGGUGGGGCCUCAACCUUCAGUUCCUCCUGGUCUUCUUGUGCACGUUUGUGCAGAUUGUCAUCUGUGUGAUUUGGCUCUAUACGGCCCCGCCAUCCAGUUACCGAAACCAUGAACUGGAGGAUGAGAUCAUCUUCAUCACCUGCCAUGAAGGCUCCCUGAUGGCCCUCGGCUUCCUCAUUGGCUACACCUGCCUACUGGCGGCCAUCUGUUUCUUCUUCGCCUUCAAGUCUCGAAAGCUGCCUGAGAAUUUUAACGAGGCCAAGUUCAUCACCUUCAGCAUGCUGAUAUUCUUCAUCGUGUGGAUCUCCUUCAUCCCUGCUUACGCCAGCACAUACGGCAAGUUCGUGUCUGCUGUGGAGGUGAUUGCAAUACUGGCUGCCAGCUUUGGGCUUCUGGCCUGCAUCUUCUUCAACAAAGUCUACAUCAUCCUCUUCAAGCCCUCCCGCAACACAAUCGAGGAGGUGCGCUGCAGCACAGCUGCCCACGCUUUCAAAGUGGCUGCCAGGGCCACACUGAGACGGAGCAACGUGUCCCGCAAGCGCUCCAACAGCCUGGGGGGCUCCACCGGCUCCACCCCGUCCUCCUCCAUCAGCAGCAAGAGCAACCACGAGGACCCUUUUCCUCUGCCAGCCUGUGCCGAGCGGCAGCGCCAGCAGCAGCGCGGGUGCAAGCAGAAAGUCAGCUUUGGGAGUGGAACGGUGACCCUGUCGCUGAGCUUCGAGGAGCCGCAGAAGAACGCCAUGGCCAACAGGAACGCCAAGCGCCGGAACUCGCUGGAGGCCCAGAACAGUGACGACAGCCUGAUGCGGCACCGCGCCCUGCUUCCCCUGCAGAUCAAUGAGCCCCUCGGGGCUGAGCCUGCCUUCCAGGCAGCUUCCAGCCCUGAGACCAGCUCGCAGGAGUCGGUGGUGGGAGACAACAAAGAAGAGGGACCAAGCCCUGAGGCGGAGCCUUCCCUGCCAUCGGUUAACUCCCGAAAUUUUAUAGGCACUGGAGGUGGCUCUGUCACAGAGAACACAGUACAUUCCUAA